AUGUUUCGGUUAAGACUAUUUCUCUGUAGCUUCGUUGCAACUGGGUUGGUUCUUGUUGUAAUAUCUUCUCUGAAAAACGAAGCUUUCAUUUGUGUCAACCCCCUCUUUAAUUAUUCGCUGUGGAAUAUUCAGUCAUCAGCACAGAGUGGAAGGCCGCCACAUUGGGUAGCAAAACGUAAUAUGACACAUUUGUUUGAUUGGACCUGGUUGCGAAACGGAAACUAUGAAAAGUAUAGGCGAAUUCGUGAAAGCGGCUUCAGAAUUAAGCGACCAAUUAAUAUUAAUGGGAGACCUCCGUCAGUGGUUAAUGAUGUGAAAACCUAUCUACGCACACAUCCUGAUCAAGGUUUAAUUAUUGAUGACUUCCGUCAACUACCUAAUCCCAUACCUCAUCCGUUACCGCGAGCUGUAGAUCUGAAUUCUACAUGUUAUCAGCAAAAUAUAAUGAAUUGCAAUCCAUGGCAAUCAUGCAUCUACAACGCAGAAGUUCUAUCUCUGCGGUCGCCCGCAACGACUCAUUCAGUCACUGUUGCUGUGUUUAACGCAUUUAUAGAUAAUGGCAGUUGUAGUCCUGCUGGUGUAAUUUAUAAUGAGUAUGCUACAUAUCAUUUUCAACAAUGGUCUACAAAACCGUGUCAUAAUGACCCUGUGCCUUUUUGUUCAACUGGUAAAAUAGUUGAAUACUAUGAGGAACUAUUAGAUAGUGUCGGAGUCUUUCUUGCUGCGAAUGGGCAUUUUGCUCCAGAGCAAUUACCACGUGCACUUCGUCUGUUGGCAACGGCACCGUCGACCGCCAAGUUGUUGGUAGCGAAAGGCGGAACAGCUGAUCAGUUCAUGGAGAUUUUAGUUGACCUCGGGAUUGUAACGCGAGAUCGAAUCAUACCAUAUGAUCCUAAAAAGAUAUAUGCUGCUAAAAUUGUGUAUCGUACUGAAUCGUGGCCAUAUUUAACAGGGGACCUGUACGGAAAAUAUGUACACGACCGUACAGAUAUGGAAACAGUGCAUAAAGCCAUUAUUGGAGACAACGAUCUGGUGGAUGAAGAGCGGGACGUGUUACUAGUCGUAAAAAGAAAGGAAGGUGACCAACGAUCGACUAGUAAUCACGAUUCUAUGGUUGGGCUCAUUAAACAGAUACUUGCCGAACAUCCGUCGGUACAGCUGAAAAUUCAAGUUUUCAAUGCAGAAGGACACGUAAGAGAACAGAUUAAAGUGUGGCAAAAAGCAAAGGUCGUGGUCGCACCACAUGGAGCAGGCCUUUACAAUGUUAUGUGGUGCAAACCCGGUACACUAAUCAUAGAAUUUGGUCAGUCAGAAGGAUGGCCUUUACCUGAAAUGUAUUUUGAGAUGUCUGUCCAUAGCGGACACAAGUAUUGGCUAGUGAAAGCAAAAGGUCGAGCUGAUAAACCAAUCACAGUGGAUCUGAGAGAUUUGAAAUGGGCACUUAAUGAUGCACUGAUGACACUCUGA